AUGGAACGUCCAUCUUCUGCAGCCGUUGAAGUCGCCACUGCCAUGUCCGAAACCACUCCUACCAACACCCUCACAUCUCCUCUCCUCCGCCUCCCCGCUGAGUUGCGCAACAAGAUCUACACCUACGUAGGCCACUCGGAACAGAUCCACAUCGCCGCGACCAUUACCAAUGCAAGCCCUGGCGAUCCAACCCGCAACCCAUCCAAAUUCACCAUGCAAUUCCACCUCCCAGGCCUCCUCUCAACCUGCAAACAAACCCGCUCUGAAGCCACCGCACUCGUAUACGCUCGAACCACCGUCGACACCCUUCCUGGAGACGCAUGGUACUGGCUAUACUCGAAGCACUCACACAGCCUCUGCGCCCACAUAACUUGCUUACACAUCAGCGAAUGGUUUGCCGACCUCAUGGAAGUGGAGGUUAACAAGCGUUUGAAAGACUCGCAAGAUGCUACAUGCUGUACCUUGCAGUUGCCACGUCUGGAGCAUGUGCAUGUCAUCUGUAGGGGUUGGGCUGUGUAUCUUUUGGAUGGCUCGCUCAUGAGGGAAGCGAUAUGGAAGUGGUUUGGCAAGGAGUUCUUGGACAUUGUCUUUGAGGCGGGCGUGGAUUUUCAAUGUCGCCCUCCUGUCUCGCUCUUCGAAGCACGUGAGCUGUUCAGGGAUUACUGGGAGGAUGAUAUGGAAAGUUACUGA